AUGUCUCAGGUCAACAUCGGUAUCAACGGCUUCGGUCGUAUCGGACGUAUCGUCUUCCGUAACUCGGUCGUCCACAACACGGCCAACGUCGUUGCCAUCAACGACCCCUUCAUUGACCUAGAAUACAUGGUGUACAUGCUCAAGUACGACUCCACCCACGGUGUCUUCAACGGUGACAUCUCCACCAAGGAUGGCAAGCUCAUUGUUAACGGCAAGUCGAUCGCUGUCUUCGCCGAGAAGGACCCCUCCAACAUCCCCUGGGGUCAGGCUGGUGCCCACUACGUUGUCGAGUCCACCGGUGUCUUCACCACCAUUGACAAGGCCUCGGCCCACAUCAAGGGUGGUGCCAAGAAGGUCGUCAUCUCGGCUCCCUCGGCUGACGCCCCUAUGUACGUCUGUGGUGUCAACCUUGACGCCUACGACCCCAAGGCCCAGGUCGUCUCGAACGCCUCAUGCACCACCAACUGCCUUGCUCCCCUCGCCAAGGUCAUCCACGACAAGUUCGGUAUCGUUGAGGGUCUCAUGACCACUGUCCAUGCCACCACCGCCACCCAGAAGACCGUCGACGGCCCCUCGGCCAAGGACUGGCGUGGAGGCCGUGCCGCCGCUGCCAACAUCAUCCCCUCGUCCACUGGUGCCGCCAAGGCCGUCGGCAAGGUCAUCCCUUCGCUCAACGGCAAGCUCACCGGUAUGGCUUUCCGUGUGCCCACCACCAACGUCUCGGUUGUUGACCUGACCGCCCGCCUCGAGAAGGGCGCCAGCUACGACGAGAUCAAGGCCGAGGUCAAGCGCGCUUCCGAGAACGAGCUGAAGGGUAUCCUCGGCUACACUGAGGACGCCGUUGUGUCUCAGGACUUCAUUGGCAACUCGCACUCGUCGAUCUUCGAUGCUGCUGCCGGUAUCUCUCUCAACAACAACUUUGUCAAGCUUGUCUCGUGGUACGACAACGAGUGGGGUUACUCGAACCGAUGCCUCGACCUCCUCGUCUUCAUGGCUCAGAAGGACAGCGCUGGCGCUUCACGACUUUAA